GUUUAACCUCCUCAAACGGAAUAUUCUCUCUCUCUCUCUCUCUCUCUCUCUCUCUCUUUUUAUUUUAUUUUAGUAUUCUGAUUCCUCUUAUAUAAACAAAGCAACCUCUCUGAUUCUUGUGAGAUUACUCUCAACUAGACGGGAAAAAAAAGAGGAGAAUACUCCGAUGACCGGAGAUUUCGAAUUUGAAAAUAACUACCAGCUUUGCGACGAGAUCGGCCGAGGUCGAUUCGGAACCAUCACUCGAUGUUUCUCACCGGCGACUAAAGAGUUCUACGCAUGCAAAACCAUCGACAAGCGCGUCCUCAUCGACGCGCUAGAUCGCGAGUGUAUCGAGACGGAGCCGAGGAUCAUGGCGAUGUUACCGCCGCAUCCAAACGUCGUCAGGAUCUUCGAUCUCUUCGAAACGGAGGAUUCCCUCGCGAUCGUCAUGGAACUCGUCGAUCCGCCGAUAACGAUCUACGAUAGGCUGAUCUCCGCCGGGGGACGGUUAUCGGAAUCGGAAUCCGCCUCGUACGCGAAACAGAUCCUCCGCGCGCUCGCUCAUUGUCACCGGUGCGGCGUCGUUCACCGGGAUGUGAAACCUGACAACGUCUUGGUCGAUCUCGCAACCGGCGGAGUUAAGCUCUGCGAUUUCGGAUCGGCGGUUUGGUUAGGCGGAGAGACGGCGGAGGGAGUCGUGGGAACACCGUAUUACGUGGCGCCGGAGGUUGUGAUGGGGAGGAAGUACGACGAGAAGGUUGAUAUAUGGAGCGCCGGUGUGGUGAUCUACACGAUGUUAGCUGGAGAGCCGCCGUUCAACGGUGAGACGGCGGAGGAGAUCUUUGAAUCGAUACUAAGGGGGAAUUUGAGGUUUCCGCCGAAGAAAUUUGGAUCAGUAUCAGCAGAAGCGAAGGAUCUAUUGAGGAAGAUGAUCUGUCGCGAUGUGUCCCGGAGAUUUUCUGCCGACGAUGCUCUUCGUCAUCCAUGGGUGAUGAACGUUGGAAACCUCCAAAGCAAUUAGUUGAAUUGAAAGCUCAUUACGAUAUAUGAUUAGUAGAGUGGUGGUACUGGUACUAUAGAGAAGUGUUUUGUGUGUAUAUAUGCUCGAUUCGUAUCGAGUAGUCAAACGUAGCUGUGUUUUUUUUUUUUAAUAACAAUCCUACGGUUUUGGCACUAGAGAAAGUUGCGUAAUUGAUAAGCAUUUUGUAAUUACGAUUCGGAAUAAAAAUGAUUUUGAGAUUA